AUGGUAAUGCAGUUUCAGGGGUUAGAAAAUCCAAUUCAAAAUAGACCUUGCCAUAGCCCCACAUCAUCAGGAUUUGUCAUGGAAAUGAUGAGCUUGAAGCCUGAUAAAGGUGUACUAACAGAACAAGGAACAGGUCCUUUGGGACAGAAUCUAGAAGUGGAACCAUACUCACAAUACAACAAUGUUCCGUAUCCCCAAGUUCAACCACAGAUUUCUUCAUCGUCGUAUUAUUCCAACCUGGGUUUCUAUCCCCAGCAGCCUGAAGAGUGGUAUUCUCCUGGAAUAUAUGAACUCAGGCGAAUGCCAGCUGAGAGUCUCUACCAGGGAGAGAUUGAGGUAGCAGAGAUUCCUGUAACAAAAAGAGCCCGAAUGAGUGCAUCAACAGGGAGAAUAAAAGGGGAUGAAUUAUGUGUUGUUUGUGGAGACAGAGCAUCUGGAUACCAUUAUAAUGCACUGACCUGUGAGGGGUGCAAAGGUUUCUUCAGGAGAAGCAUCACCAAAAACGCCGUGUACAAAUGUAAAAACGGGGGCAACUGUGUGAUGGACAUGUACAUGCGAAGAAAGUGCCAAGAGUGUCGCCUGAGGAAAUGCAAAGAGAUGGGAAUGUUGGCUGAAUGUAUGUAUACAGGCCUGUUAACCGAAAUUCAGUGUAAAUCUAAACGACUAAGAAAAAACGUGAAACAGCAUGCAGAUCAGACCAUUAAUGAAGACAGCGAAGGUCGAGAUUUGCGGCAAGUGACCUCUACCACCAAGUCAUGCAGGGAGAAAACUGAACUCACCCCAGAUCAACAGAAUCUUCUUCAUUAUAUUAUGGAUUCAUAUAGCAAACAGAGGAUGCCUCAGGAAAUAACGAAUAAAAUUUUAAAAGAAGAAUUCAGUGCAGAAGAAAAUUUUCUCAUUUUAACUGAAAUGGCUACCAGUCAUGUACAGAUUCUCGUAGAAUUCACAAAAAAACUGCCAGGAUCCUCUCCAUCUUUCACCACCAACCCCUCACAGGAAGAGGGACCUCUCUCAGGAAGCGACUCCGGUUCCUGCUGGGUGACAGUUUGUCUCCGGAAACCGUGGUGCCCUCGGUACAGCCAGAUCUCCAGUGGUUUAGGUUUGGGAGGGCCUCUUCACAGAGGAGGAUAA